AUGUCUGAGGCAACAGUUGGCAGCCGCCCUGGAUCCGAUUCUGGGACUGAAUUCAUCCCCGGCACGGAUUUCAUGUGCGACGUGGAUCAUACCUCGCAUUUGAACCAGGGUAAAGGCAGCGAUGUGAUCCUCAUCCCGCAGCCUUCGAAUGACCCCAGUGAUCCUCUCAACUGGUCUCCGCUUUGGAAAUGCCUCGUGAUCGUGGUGCAGUUUGGAUAUACCUUCGUCGCGGUGGAGGCGGCUCUGUCCGUCGCCCCCCUGUUCGCCUUGCUGGCCGAAGAAUGGGGUCUCAACCAGACGCAGCUUAAUCUGUUGACGGGAGGGUGUAUCCUUGCCCAGGGAUAUGCCAACCUCCUUAUCGUGCCCUUCUCCAACAUCUUCGGGCGCAGGCAGACCAGUCUUCUGUUGGCGAUCUUCAUCAUCCUCACCGAGGUCUGGGAGGCCCUGGCCACCUCGAACGAGAGCUUCCUGGCCUCCCGUAUCGUUAAUGGUCUGGCCACUGCUGGAUCCGAGACCAUCAUGAUGCAGGUUGUAAGCGAUAUGUUCUUCCUACACGAGCGUGGUUUCUGGACCGGAAUCUAUUUUGUGAAUUAUUUCGUCGGGAUCUUCCUGGGAGCGAUUAUCGCGGGAAGCAUCGCUGCAGUCCAUGGUUGGCGAAGCUUCUUCUGGCUUUCUGUUGGGUUGUCAGGAUUCAACCUUUUGACACUCCUUUUCCUGUUCCCUGAGACCAAAUACAAGCGCUCGGCCCAGUGGAUCGGAGGCACGCUGAAGGCUGCUUCGUCUGGAUCCAACAACAAGAGAAAUGAUCAAGAGAAAGCCACUCCCGAUGCGGCCAUCAUCACUGACGAGCUGUCGACUGCCUCAUCUCCUGCAUCCCCCGAAACCUCUCUGGUGGGCACCGGCCGCCCCUCGAAGAAACAGUUUAAACUGUGGCAGACACCAGAUUCCCGUUGGAAGUCCUUUGUUGUGCGCGAUCUUCUGACCCCCUUCCGGAUCUUCUACUACCCUAUCAUCCUUUGGGCAGGCGUGACUUGUGCCGGAUCCAUCAACAUCAACCUAUUCUAUGCCUUGACUGAAACCGAAGUGCUUGCUGCGCCUCCGUACGACUUCUCUACCGCGGCGCUCGGGUACGGCAACUUUGCGUUCUUUGUCGGAGGCUUGAUAGGACUGCUGACCGCAGGCCCGAUGUCGGACUUUGCUGCCAAACGUGGUGCACGCAAGAACAAUGGUAUCCGUGAAGCAGAGAUGCGGCUGCCUGCCUUGAUCCCCUUCUUUGUCAUCACAGUGAUUGGAGUCGUGGUGGGUGGCCUUGCCUACCAGAAUCUGUGGUCCUGGCACAUCAUCUUGGUCAUCGGGUACGGGUUCGCCGGUGUGACCGUGACCACAGUGCCUACCAUUGCCACUGCGUAUGCGAUCGACUGCUACAAGCCGCUCGCCGGGGAGAUCAUGGUGGUCAUCACCGUGAUCAAGAACACCUGUGGGUUCGCCAUGAGCUACUGGGUCCCCACCCUCGCCGACAAGUAUGGCCUGGUCGGCCCGGCUAUGGUCCAGUUCUCGCUCGCUACAGGUCCCUUGCUCCUGGGGAUCCCCCUGUACUUCUUUGGCAAGAGACUGCGUAUGUUAACCAAGGAUUCCCCUGUCCAUAGGUUCUCUGAAUUCUAG